UGAACCAGGGCUGCUUACUAAAGACCGAGAGGAGCUUUUGACACUUUCAAAAUGGCUCCAGGGAUUUCCAGUUGUCAUUAUCCAGAAGGUCCUCCUUCCAUCUCCUUCUCUGGAUCUGGAUUCCUGUCCACCUACCAGUUAGGGGUCUCCCAGUGCUUUCAUAACUAUGCACCCUGGAUCCUUCGUACAGCACCUUGUGUCUUAGGAGCCUCGGCUGGCUCUCUAGUAGCUGCUGCUGUUGUCUGUGAAAUGAACCCAGUUACUAUUCGGGAAGAAGUGCUGACCUUUGCCAAACAGAUGAAGUCUUUUACACUUGGACCACUGAACCCCUCAAUCAAUGUUUUAAAAUGGUUAGAGGGUGUUUUGAACAAAUAUCUCACUUCUGAUGCGCACAUACUGGCCAAUGGGCGUCUCGCUGUGGCCAUGACCCGUCUGACUGAUGGCAAACUCAUCAUCAUUUCGGAGUUCCAUUCCAAAGAGGAUGUGGUUCAGGCUUUGCUCUGCAGCUGCUUUGUGCCCGGAUACUGUGGUCUGCUGCCUCCGUCCUACAAAGGAGUACAUUACGUGGAUGGCGGUUUCAGGAGCAUGCAGCCCAUUUUGCCUGUAACCUACAACUCAAUCUUGACGGUGUGUCCAUUCUCUGGAGAUGUGGACAUCUGUCCCUCGGAUUCUCCGUCCAUGUGGGACAUGGUCGUGAGUGGAACCACCUUGAAGGGAAACAUGGCGAACAGCUUCAGGAUUUUCAAUGCUCUGUAUCCCAUGGCUUUAGAGACUCUGGAUGAAGCUUUUCACAGCGGUUACAGAGAUGCAUUCAACUACCUUCUCAACAACAAUCUUGCCAAUCAUUCGAUUUCAAACACAGUUUCGCAAAAUGGGCCACUUUACUACAACCAAGAUGAAAAGGGGGACGACCAGAAGGACCGGGAUGACAACAUGGAGCAAGACCAGGAGGUGAAGGAGGAAAAAGAGACCAUUACACUGACCACUUAUACAGACACUGGACUUACAAAUGGCAGCCCUACUGAGCCUGAAUCAACCCAAAAUCAGCCAAUUAAAAAACCUGCUGAACGUUAUGAUAUUUUGAAGCACGUUGUGCUGAGCAACAUGGUGACCUAUCUGAGCAUGUUUGGACUUCCUGCGAGAAUCUUAUCCCACCUGCUCCUACCUUUCAUGGUUUUAUUUUAUGCCAUACUCCAGAGCAGAACGAGGUUGGAGCUGUUGUUCAGACAGGCGCCUGAGUUUUUGUACUGGCUCUGGCAUGCUCUGAGACACUUUACAAUCUUCUUCUAUGAAAUAGUUGUUGAUACGCUCAAGAAGAACAUACAAGACCGGAUAAUGCCAACCAUCCUAUUGUUUCGGUGGCUGAAAAAUCAAGCAGGUUGUGAGGAACGAUCAGGAAAGAACCAUGCUACGCCUGACUAAUGGUUUCCCUCUUCUGCAUCCUCUUCUCCAUUCAGAAGGUGACAAGCAUGGGACUUUACUUUGACAGUUCAUCAUGUCUUCACUGGAAUACAAGAAUACAGAGUAUGUACAGAGAGCCUCUAAACUUUGGAAAACAAAAAGAUAUGUAACCAGUGUGGGCUUUGUUCAGCUGUUCACAUAACAGCAAUGAAAAGUUGAAGACAGUGGCUUUAAAAAAAAAUCUUGUUUGGUUAAUAUGUAUAUCUUUUGAAUUCUUCAUUGUAAACCUGUAUCAGAGUGCAGGGCUAAGUUGCAACAGGAAUCGCUUCAGGGUGUCAGAUCAGAGCGGUGUUUCGAUGUUUGGCUGAAAGUGUGGAAAAAAUUGGAUCUUUAUCUAGGUUUAAGGUUAAAGGUCACAUAUUAUGCAUAAUACACUUUACUAUGUUGUUCUAACAUUAAUAUGUGUUCAUAGUCUGUCAACCCCCCCCCCCC